CCAGAAGCCAGUGGAUGAUACAAGAGUCGCACAAAAAGACUGCACGCAAUUGGAGAGCCAUGGCAAGAGGGUUCAAACUCUCGUAAUUACUCUGCACAUGGUCAAGAGAGAGAAAAUAAAGGAGGUAUACGAUGAGCUCCCCUCCGGGCACCAAGGCACGGCUGGGGACGCUCCUUCCAGCAGGAGCAAGGCCGUUACCGGCCCACCGGAAAAGAUGCCCCUUAUCAGCAGCUUCAAACAGCGGGAUGCAUCUCAAACUCCGGUCAAGAAAACUAUCAGGUUCAACUUCCAAAACCUGAACACUUUCGUCAAAAUUCGUGAGCUGUACUGUGCCUACGACUACUGCAAGUAUGGCUUCCCUCUCUCCAGCAUUCGUCCUGAGCUGGAAAGGCGAAAGGAGAGAACAGUGAAGCCACAGAAAGGGUCAGCAAAGGACGCGGUAAAGAAACACAACACACGACACCAGCAAACAGUUGGAGCAGCUCGCUGUGCACAAAUGAAUACCACUACUGAAGGGAAGUCUCCUAAAGGUAUCCUGAAGAAAGAAAAAAUGCCACGGUCCACCUGUCCAGGACAUGUGUGCUUCAACCUUGGUAACCUCCGCGCCCCCGUUAAGGAACGUGAGGUGUACCGUGGCCACGACACCUUCAGAUACGCCGCGCCGCUCCAAGUCACUCAGCCUCCCAACUUUACCUCGAGGCCUCACCAGCAGCCCGUUAGAUCCGCCUCUAACUCGCUGCGUGGCGCACCUCGGCACGUCGACAGGCCGACACAGCGGAGGAACGACUCCUUCCAGCAAAACAGUGUUUGCUACUGA